ACUGCACUACACUGUCCUCCAACGUGUUGUAUCACUGAUCAUGGCGAGCUGGUGUGUACGUGCUGUUAGACAGAGCUACACUAUUGUAGCAUCUCCUUCACUCGUCAGGGCAACUCCAAGGCUACUAUGCACAGCAGCCCACCAGAAGAGCCCGGGCUCUGGCUCUGGCUCGGAGGAAGAUAGUGGAGCACAGAAGCCUGAGCAGAGUCCAGCAGAGAAGGCUCUGACGGAGGAGAAGGCACAACUGGAGGAGCAGGUCAAAGAACUCACAGACAAAUACAAGCGGGCACUGGCAGACACAGAGAACCUGAGACGCAGGAGUCAGAAGAUGGUGGAAGAUGCAAAGCAGUUUGGCAUCCAGGGCUUCUGUAAAGAUCUUCUAGAGGUGGCAGACAUCUUGGAGAAGGCAACAGAAUGUGUGCCUAAGGAGGAGGUUACAUCACAGAACCCUCACUUGAAGAACCUGUACGACGGGCUGGUCAUGACCGAGGUCCAGAUGCAGAAGGUCUUCACCAAACACGGCUUGGUCAAGCUCAACCCUGAGGGCCAGAAGUUCGACCCCUACGAGCACGAAGCUCUCUUCCAAGCACCUGUCCCGGGCAAGGAGCCGGGCACUGUUGCGGCGGUCACCAAAAUCGGCUACAAGCUGCAUGGACGCACCCUCCGACCAGCUUUGGUGGGCGUGGUCCAGGCUCCCUAGGCCCUGGGGGAUUGGUGCCGUGGCAACGUCCUGUUACCUGGGCAACAGAUCUGUUUGGGCUCUUGAAGGUGGGGCAUUAUAUGAGAGCCCUUUAAAUGGUGCCUGAAAGCGAGAUGGAAAAAAACAUUUAAAACACAGGAUCAAACUGACAGCAAAUCUCUGGACCUCACCUAGUGAUGAAGAGUUAAUGUUAAAAGAAAAAAAUAGGGAGGGCGGAAACUAGCACUUCAUGUCAAUCAGGAUGUCAGGCUCAACCUCCAGCUCCUGCUGUCAUCUGUCAGUACAGUCAGAGUAUACACUUGUUUUCGUCCAGUUUUCCAAUAAGCUAUACUUAUGUUAAUCAUAAAAAAUGCACCCAUAAUGUUAUCAAUCCUAUACGUUGUGUAUUAUUGAUGUCUAGUUGGGAGAACAUCCUGGUCGAAUAGAAUGGAACUGUGAUGAAGCCCAUUAUACAGCAACAGAAACAUUGAAAUCUUACCAGUCACAGCAGAUCAGUGCACCACAUACAGUGACUUUAGUCUUUUAUAGAUGUAUGGCAAUUUGUCAUAGGGUUCAGCUGUAUCAUAUGCGCAUUAUGGCCAUAAUCUUGACACAAAGUUCAUUUUAGGUCCUAUUCUUAUGGUCUCUUCAGAUUUAAGUUUUGUUCAGAAUUGCUCUUCACCUUUUCAAACUGUGAGAAUGGCAUUGUCCCAUUGAGUGCACUGGGUUUAUUCACAUUGGCAGGUGGCAUGUCAUCAUAGUAUUUUACAAAGGAUGUGUAAAGUUCAAUGGAAACUUUUCAUAAUGAAUAAAUAAAUAAUAUAACUCCUUGAAGGAGAGAGGCGGUCUUAGUCUUUGGACAGCAUCGCUCAAGACCCAUGGUUUGUCUCUAGGCCAUGAGACUUGACGAGCACACCUUUGACAUCUCUCUUGCUGAUAAUGCAGAUGUGAAUCCAAAAGCUAAAUUCUGGAGUACCUGCUUAUUCGUUCAAAAUGUAUGUGAAAUGCUUGUUUCUGUUGUCCAGGCAGUUAUAUCAUAAUGUAAGAUUACAAAGUUGGAUGAAUAACAGCCCUCAGGAAAUCCCAUAAUAAUUAUUAUGUUUUUCUGGACUUUUAGGUUUCACUCAGUUAUGUUGCCUAGGAGAUUAGAAAUGUCAUGGGGAAACUACCCCAUGUUUCAAUUCUUAGGGGUUAAGAUUGAUCUCAGAAAGGCAUUGUGUUCCAUUCGGUAAAUAAACUUCCCUAACAAGUGAUUACAGUUAAACUAUGAGACAUGAAUGUUUGAAAAUGAAUCAAGGUCACAGGCCUUAUCUGGAAAAAAUUAGCAUUGCAGUCCUUGUCUAAAAGUUUCAAAGCCAUCUGUCACCUUGAUUCCCAAGGGUAAACCAUCAGAAAGAAGACCGCUAGCCAACCUUAAAUUUCAUUUUCUGAAACCUAUUAUUUUUGCCAUUUCAGGUUCUGUUCAAAUUACUAUCAUCCAACAACAUACUCAUUUCUUGUGGACUUCAAGCACUUCUCUACAUUUCAGUCAUGAGAUAAACAUAUUUAACUAUGAACAUCACAUUAUUUGUAGCCACAUCUGGUAACAUUCCAAGAGACCUGAAUGACAAAUUUUCCUUCCUGUAAAAUCUCAACUAUUGGCCUCGCACUUCAAGUACCAGUACUUUAUUGACACAACGCAAAGUCCCCAAAGUUCUGUAAUGAUUGCAUUUUGAUUCAUAUAAUAUCUUCCUUUUUUGAAGGUCUACACGUGACCAUAACAAGGGACUACGUCUAAGUUCUGUUCCAUGACUGGACUGUAUAAAAAAAAUUACAUUUGUAUGCACAUGUCAUGAAAGUUGAAGUCUACUGAAAUAAAAUGUCAGAAAUA